AAAAACUAAAAAUAUUUAAUAAUGGAUAAUUGGAUAUUCAAAUUGAUUAACUUUGAAAUUAAACAAAGUGAAACCCUAAUUAAAAGAAACAAAAGAAAUGAAGUAAAAUAAACAAAGUACUCCCCUUGAUUUGUUCUUCCUUGUUCGUAGAUGGCGGCCAAGCUUUUCCAGGAGUCCAGCUUCUAAAUUCUGCACCGUGUUGAGCCAUGCCACUGUUGUAUCGUCCAUCAUCCACAGCCGGAGUUGUCAUCGUCGGACCUAGGGUCGGAACCCUAGGCCGGCUCUGUUGCCGCCUGCUCCGAUCUCCUCCGUGUCCCUCUCUCUCUGUUCUCCGUUAUGCCCCCUUUCUUGUGGCUUUUUGUCUUCUUUUUAUAAUAAACGUUUUGCAGAGAUUGUCUUCCGCUAGUCUUCUAUUGGAUUGUACAAAGAUGAUGAAGAUUUCAAGGAGGCAUACCAUAACUGUCUCACACGGCCCUCUGGAAAAUGGAUACCGAAGAACAAAUCAUAGACAUAAAACCAAAUUCCAGGUCUUGGAGCUGCAAAGUUCUGGUGGUUGAGAAGUUGAACGAACGCGAAUCAUUCAAAAAACCUGGACUAACAUAUAAACCAAUAAUCUUGCAAGACAAUGCUGGACACAAGGUCAAAGCAAUGACUUAUGGACAAGAUAUCGCCAUAAUCGACAAACGCAUCCAGCUGAAUGGCACAUAUAAGGUAUAUGAUGCAAGGGUUACGGAAGCAACGCAUGGGUUUGCCGUCCCUGAUGAAACUUAUAGGUUCAUUUGGACAUUGAAUAGAAGAACAAUGAUUCAUGACGUCAGUCCCGAUGAUAAACUCGUACCUCAGCCAACUGCAAAUGCUGAUAUUGAACCAUUCUCAAUGUUCUACAAAUCCAUGUGGAGUAAAAAAGAUAUGAAUGCAAGCCAAUCUCUCUAACAUUGUGGGAGGAAUUCGCAACCACUCAGGGGAUAGAAAUCGAAAAGGCACUCGAAUCAACGCAGAUUCAGAGUGACAGCUGAAAUACAUGAUGGCAGCCAUGCUAUACACGUGACCCUCUUCACCAAGGAGCUCCAGAAAAUACUAAAGACACUUGAGUGGA